UUGCCGUCAAAAUGAGAUUAAUUGAGACAGUUUUUCUGCUUUCCUUCACUUUUAACUGCAUUUUUGGGGCCACAGACAAAGUCGUGUGCUAUUACGAAAGCUGGACCGACGAAUCGCAAUUCAAAGUUGACGAAAUCGACGUCGAUAUUUGCACUCACGUUAAUUUCGCGUUUUUGCGUUUGAACGAUGAUGGGACUUUUCGCUUCGAUGGUGGAGCCGAUGACAGCGGUUUAGUCAAAUUUGGAGCUUUAAAAUCGAAAAAUCCAAACGUGAAGUUAUUGAUAACUGUGGGCGGUUGGACGGAAGAUUCGGCCGCAUUUUCGCACGUUGCGUCCGACGACCACAAAAAAUUGAAACUGGCGACGACUGUGGUCAACUACAUGCGAAAGUACGGCCUGGACGGGGUGGACCUGGACUGGGAAUACCCGGGCAAACAUGGGGGAAAACCCGAGGAUAAAGAAAAUUACGUGGGUUUGCUUCAAGUCAUUCGUAACACCUUGGACGAAAACGGGGGCGGUGUAUUGACAAUUGCGGUUUCCUCAGUCCCUGACCCAAGCGUCUACAACGUAAAUUCGCUCUCAAAAAUCGUUGAUUUUAUCAAUGUCAUGACGUUUGAUUUCCACGGAUCCACGGCCAGUGAUAACAAAACCGGGGCCAAUUCGCCCCUUUAUGCCUCCUCAAGUGACUCCGAGUGGGAAAAAAAUUAUGCAAACUGUGACGCUUCGCUUAACAAUUGGCUAAACAGUGGGGCAAACCCUUCGAAAUUAAUCCUAGGUUUAGGCUUCUACGGGCACGUUUUCCAACUUGUCGACCCUAGACAACACUCAACCGGGUCACCCGCCAAUGGGGCCGAUCCCAACUACACGUCGUACUAUAAAAUUUGCAAUUUGACCGAUGGCUGGACCGCAGCCUGGGACGACGAGCAACAAGUGCCUUACAUUUAUUCCGAAAAGGAGUGGAUAAGUUACGACAACCCCAAAUCGAUCGCAGUCAAAGUACAAUAUGCCAAAAGUCGCAAUUUGGGCGGAGUUAUGCUGUAUGCGGUCAAUGAUGACGACAAAAGUGCGAUUUGUGGCGAGAAAAACCCUUUAUUAAGCGCUAUUAAAGCAAAUUUGUAAUGUAAUUAAUUAUA